AUGACCAACUACUUCCGUCACAUUCCUCUCGCUAACUCUCUUCUCAACGCAGUCAACAACUCGCUUUUUCAAGAGAUUAAAGGUCGUCAGCAGGUCUUUAUGAAAGCGUUUAACGCCGGGGAUGCGAAAGGAGCAGCAGCCGUGUACGACCCAGACGGUUAUUUUAUGCCGAAUGGACGUCAUCCAGUGAAGGGACGUGCUGGCAUUGAACAAUAUUUCAGAGAGGAUAUGACGGAUGGGGUCCAAACAGCACAGAUCAUCACUGAAGAGGUCAAUGGAAGCAGUGACUGGGCAUUUGAAAGAGGCAGCUACCAUUUAGAUGGAACUCGGGGACGAGAAAGCGGAGCGUACCUCCAAGUAUGGAAAAAGGUCGACGGCGAAUGGCUCAUUCACAAUGAUUGCUUCAACGUAGUGAAAGCGGCUAGCAAGUAG